AUGUUCGCCUCUCUUCUGCGCCCGAGGAAACGACGAGUUUACGCGGAACCUUCCCCAUUUUCAUCCCCUUACACGACUCGAGAGGGUCCUUGGCCUUUUCGCCAGGAUGAGGUUCAACAUACAAGUCCUGAGAUGAGAUACAAUGAGACUCAUGGCGCACUGCUUGACGAUGAGGACUAUGAACAUGCAGAUGAUCUUGGUGAGGAUGCGGAUCAGGAGGAAGAAGAUCGUCCUAUCGAGUCGACUCCUCUUCUUCCCAUAUUCUCUGCUUCGCAUCUGGAUGCUCUUCCAGUUUACGAUAUCACUCAUGCGAUUCGGCCGUUGAUCGAGUCGCGCUGCGAAACCACGCUGACAUGGGACCAAUUGCGCUCGCCCCAAAUCUCGCAGUUUCUGGUGAAGCCGAUCCAGCAGAAGAUUAGAGCGUUACACUUCUCACGUGGAACAUUAUACGCUCUGAUGGCGAACUGCUUGCAGUUCAAUAAGGAGAUUCACUUGAACCCUGGAAACAGUGGUGCAUCCCAGACGAGAGCCAUGGUGAGCGAGCUUCUUGCGAUCAAGCUUUUGCGAGAGUACUCGACCAGGGAGUUGAUUGAUGCGCUUUCUUACGAGUUUUAUCCCCUGCAAGGCCAGACGUCACCGAUGGCUCGAGGCUUGCAAGAAACAUCGGGCAAGUAUCCUGGCACUGGCAACAAGCGACUGGCAGGGGCUGCCCGUAUCUCCUGCCUCGAGGUUGCCAUUCGCGCUCAGGCGAAACGGUUCUUAGCUCACCCUGUAGUGGUACAGCAACUAGAAGCAAUUUGGGCCGGUACAAUAGUCUUCCAUUCAGCUGCCGAUAAUCUUCAUCGUUCCCCAACGGCAGCACAGCGUGACGGAGGCUCAGCAUACGGUGCUGCUCACCACAGUUCAGCGCAGCUCGUCUCCGGGCCACGUCGGUCAGUGACGCUUUACGACCCAAGAGACGCCUCUCUCUUCAAGCUCUCCCGGCUUCGAGUGCCUCGAUACCGGCAAUUUCUGUCCACACUAUCAUUCGCUGUUCUUCUGGGCUUGUUUCUCGCGGUUCUGGAGCAACGGCGAGUGGAUAUCUCGACUCUGGAGCUCAUCUUCUGGUUUUGGAGCGCAGGGUUCAUGCUUGACGAAAUCGUUGGUUUCAACGAACAGGGCUUCAGUCUGUAUCUCAUGAGCUUCUGGAACCUGUUUGACCUUGGGAUUCUAUUCCUGCUCUUUUGCUAUUAUUGCAUGCGGCUCUACGGUGCUCUGAUGCCUCACCCAUACAACCGUGCAAUUGCCGACAGAGCAUAUGACAUCCUAGCCGCCAAUGCGGUCCUGCUCUUUCCCCGACUCUUUUCGGUCCUGGAUCACUACCGAUAUUUUUCGCAAUUGCUUAUUGCGUUCCGCAUAAUGGCUUCGGACCUGGUGGCAGUAUUUCUUCUGAUCGCCAUUACAUGUAGUGGGUUUUUUGUCGCAUUCACUCUAUCGUUUGGCAAUAUCGAGGAGCAUACUCCUGGAUCUGUUGCAUAUGCCCUCUUCCAGAUGUUGAUGGGAUUCACUCCCGCUGCGUGGACGCUCUGGGAUGAUUACAACAUCUUGGGCAAGAUCAUUCUGACCGUCUUCCUAUUCAUCUGUCACUUCGUCGUGGUGACGAUCCUCAUUACCGUUCUCACCAAUUCUUUCAUGGCGAUUGUGCAGAAUGCUAAUCAAGAGCAUCAAUUUCUAUUCGCUGUCAAUACUAUUUCGAUGGUCAAGUCGGACGCGCUUUUCUCCUACGUGGCACCGACUAACAUCAUUGCCUGGUUGGUCACCCCGCUCCGUUAUUUCAUGCCUUUCAAACAAUUCAUCCGCCUCAAUCGUACUAUCAUCAAAAUCACACAUUUUCCGAUUCUCUUCACCAUCUGCCUUUACGAGAAGGCAAUCCUCAGUCCCAGAGUAAGCGAGCCCAUUGAUCUCAUUGAUCCUUCGAUUCAUCCCGACGCCUUGUCUCGCAGUCGUCCCCGUCACAGUCGCUUCAAAUCAUUUAAUCCUCAGGCUCCUCGGCUUGUACGAGAGCCAUCAGUGGCAACAUAUCAGAAAGACCGUGCUCUUGAGGAAGUUUUCCGGAAUCCAUUUGAGGAGACAAAUCGGCGUCCGCCGAGGCUGAUGCAACAGAGAAAGAGCAAGAAUAUUGUCAGCAAUUGGAUGCAAUCUAUGGGGUCUGGGCCUGUACAUCCUCCCGAUGAGCAGGACUCGGAUGAAGUGGAUCGAUUGGAGAGGCCACCCAGAAGGUCUCGAUUUCCCUUUCGAGAAAGAACCACUCGAAGUCUCCGCGAUUUCAGCGAUUCCAAUCGUUCUGCCACCUCAGAUCCUGAACGGCGUGUCGGUCAUAUUGUGUCCUCGCCUGCCACGCCGCGUCGUGAGAGAGUCAACAUGUCUCCUACCAGGAUACGACAGCUUUCUCGGCACACAGACAUUGAAGGCGACGAUGAACUAACCAGCGAUGAUACAGAAGUACGGCGUUCGAAUUUUUCAAGCUCCGAGAGACAGGGCGGUGUGAGUCCAGGUAAAGCAACACCGAUGUUCUACAGCUCCCGGCCCUCCACAGCGAGAGUCAAAUCACGCAAAAACAGUCCCUCUCGGCGUCCCAAGUUCCACGCGCGGAAUUACUCGGCUGCGACGAUGCUUUACAACCCUGUCCCCUCGGUCAGCAACGAUGAAGGGACCGAAGUUUCUUCUGUUCCCAUCAGACCCAGAGCGGAGACGCCUUCUCCGGGGGAUGAUGCGGCCACCGCAACGUCUGUAGACCAAUGGGCGCAGAGAAGACAUAGUUUGGAUGUUGGGAACUCUCAAAAUGUGGCUUUGCCCAGGUCAAAUCCCAUGUCUGUACCUGACUUGGGCGGCUUCUUACCAACCGAGUCGCAGUACCGGGGCCGCCGUCAGGCAUCCCAUCUGUAUGGGCUGGGCUCCGACUUGGGCGACAAUAGGGCAAUUGCAAACGGAUUCUUGGGUGCUUUGCCUGCAAGCUUCACGACGCAAAUGGCAUAUGCCACGGGUGGUAUCGCCCGACCUGAAAGCUCUAGUAGCAAUCAAGACAUGCUCAGCAAGCUUGUCCUGGCUCGCAUGAACAAUAUCGAAGAGGGAUUCCGCGAGAUGUUGAAAGAAGUCAAAGAUCUCCGGCGGGGAGAGUCAAGUCGAAGCCAGAGCCGACCUGACGAAAUGAGAAGCGCCCAGCGAGACAAGAAGAAACGUAUGGAGAGCAGGGAUUCGAAGAAAAAACUCCAAGCGUCCCACAAAAGCAAGAAUAGCAGCGAAGGGAUGCAGUCCGAUGGACCAACCCCGGAGUUAUGA